GUUCGUUUACAAUACGCAUGCGCUGUAAAAUUGGAGUAAAUCAAUAUGGCGGAAAAUAGCCCCGGAUAAUAUUUUCUCAAAAUUUGAAGAAAUUGCGAUAUUGAUAGAGUAUCAGGAUGGCACAUCAACUUCAGUUAGAGAAGGAAAAAUACAGACAGUGGGUAAAGGCUGGUUUAGGACUUGGAUAUUUAAAGGAUGGACUGGUACCAUUCUGUAAUGACAUAGCUGACCAACAACAUAAGGAUAUCUUACAAAACAUCAGGACUACAAAGUCACUACCAUCAACUGUGACAUGUGGCACCUGUAGAGUUGAAACCCUAAAGCCAGACCAUAAGCCAGUACCUGGGAAUGCUGGAAACAAAGUUUGUCCUCUUGGGCAAGUAAAAUGCAGCUGUUGCUGUAAGGGAAAAAAUGCUUGUCCGAACAACAUAUGUGGCGCCAUCUAUGAUUUUAUUGUGCAGAAUCAUGCCUCCACGCCACCUGCACCUAACUGGAAAAACACAGAUGCUCAACAGUGGGUGACAGAUCCUUGGAGCAUUUGUAAGUGUUUUAUAAAUGCUCCAGGGUACGAGCAGAAACAAUCUGCUGGUGAAACUGAUUGUACUGGGUUAUUACAUCUAAUGAUAAAUAACCAGUAUUUUCAUAGCCACAUUGGAUGUGAUGUCACAAAAGCAAACAACCUUUUUUUAAAGGUACGUCAGUAUAGAAAUAAUAUUUUCCACUCAAGCAGCAUGGAAUUAGAAGAAAGUGAGGCCAAUUCAUAUAUUGACGAUAUGAUAGCAGUUUUACAAGAUGGUAAAGAGCUAUUACAACAACCAGAUGCCCAGAUAGCAGUGAAAAAACUUCAAGAUCUGAAGAAGAAGGACUUCAUUGUUACUACUGAAGGUUUUGAAGAUAUUCUGGGGCAAAUCAAGGACGAAAUGUCAAAAGUUUUGAAAUCAACGGAAAAUGCUGCUACUAAAGAAGAAUAUGAGGACCUGAAAAGUAAACUCUCAGAGGGAAAAGUUGAGACUGAAAAACUUGAAAACAAACUUGCAAAUCUGGAGAAACAGAUUUCUGAAGAAAAGAAAGGACAACUAGAGGCUGAGAAAGAACAUGCAGAUUUAAAAAAGAAAUUUACUAUUCUUGAGACAAUAAUGGAAGAGCAAAAA